AUGUCGGCCAACGAAUUUUACAGUUCUGGAAAACAGGGCGAAAGACAGGACGUGAGUAGCGAGCAGCUUCAGAGUACCGGCUCUCAAGCCAAUGUGCAAGACGACCAGCAACAAGAUGGCGAUAGGGGGCUUCUUUCUUCAGCGAUUGGGGCUGCUUUCAAAAGCAGCAGCGGCUCAAGCAGCCACAAAAAUAGUGGGGGAUUCAGUGGCAUGAUUGAGAAUGCCAUCGUAGGAAAAUUGACUGGCAGCGGCAAGCAUGGAAGCAGCCAUGGAAGCCUGAGUAGCACGUCGGAUAUGUUGGGCAGUAUUGUUGGGGCUGUCACUGGGAGCAGCGGAAGUGGCCAUAACAGUCACGGAAAUCAGGGCCACAGCUCGAACUAUGGAAACCAGGGCCAAAGCUCAAAUCACGGAAACCAGACAUACAACUCGAGCCAUGGUAGCAGCGGAUCCAGUGCCAGUGGUCUAGUGAGUGGUAUCAUGGGUGCUGUCACUGGCAAGCCCGACAAUAAGCAUGACAGCUACGGAAGCCAAGGAAACCAAGGGGGCUACGGAAGCCAAGGAAACUAUGGAAACCAAGGAAACUAUGGCAACCAAGGAAACUAUGGAAACCAAGGAAACCACGGAAGCCACGGAAGCCACGGAAGCCAAGGAAACCACGGAAGUAACGGCAACCAAAGUGGUAGCUCUGGUGCCGGCGGUAUGAUGGAUAGUCUUCUUGGAGGCUUAACUGGCAGCGGAAACCACUCCAGCGGAAACCAAGCCAGCUACAAUAACAACAAUAGUGGCUACAGCGGCAACAAUGGAGGCCAUUAUAAUAACGCUGGGAACCAUGGCGGCUAUGGCGGUAGAAACGAUGGCCAAGGCAGUGGCAGCGGCAGAUACGGCGGCGACAACGACAACUCCUGGGGCUACGGCGAGCAGAAACCCCUGCACGGAAGUAACUACGGGAGCGGGGGAUACAGUGGAUCCAACCAGGGAGGCAACAGCGGCAGAUGGUGA